AUGAACGUACGCAGCCUUUUACCGAAACGAGAUGAUCUGCGGCAGUGGGUUUCUGAUGUAAAUCCUGACAUUCUUGGUGUUGCAGAAACCUGGUUGGAUUUGACUGUCCUCGAUCAAGAGAUAAAACUCCCUGGCUAUGAGCAUUUUCGUUGCGAUCGUCAGCAGCGGCUUCAUGGUGGGGUGCUUCUCUAUGUGAAGUCGGACAUACGUUGCCGGUUACAAAACACUUAUCUGAGUAAUGAUUGUUACUGUGAACAAAUUUGGUGCGAAAUCAUCACCACCAAAGGCAAUUUUCACGUGGGAGUGCUUUACAGGAGUCCAGCUAAUAUCUCUUCCGACUGGAUUACACGAGCUCAGAAUAAUCUAUGCGCCCAAAACGUGCUACUUAUGGGUGACUUCAAUUUUCCCCAUUGGUUCAUAAUUCCCAUUACCGUGAUGAGGGAUAAAUGUAUAGUCGUUGCGGAUUGCCAUGGGUUCAUUGAAUCGGCAUUUGGGGCCUUCGAGUUACAAUCACACGAAUUCCUCGUCAUCACGGGAUUCGAAAGCGAGGUCUGCAAAGCGUAUGCUAAAAAAUUAGGCCUCAAAUUACCGGUCUCCAUCAACUCCGAAAUUGGACAAAACAGUUUGAUUGCGACUGUCUUACGGGGCACACUCGGCUUGUCCUCCAUGGACCGAUCAAGAUCAACAUCAAAGCAAGCUCUUUUAGCUGAACGAGAAAUUUUGGGUGUGCGUCUAGCCGCCGGCGUGCUACGGCAAACACCACGACGACGUGCAUCCACGCUCUUUCCCACUCUCUGUGUAGUUGUUCGAAAAGAAUUCUCCGAGAAUCCCAGUCGACUGGCAUACAAUGCACACGACAAAGCCAAUGAAACCUAUGGAAUUCGAUAA